AUGAAAGCAAAGAGAAACAGCCAUAAACCGACGAGCAUCAAGGAAGAUUGGUUUACCGAAUGGACGAGUUCAUCCAUGGUCAGUAGCAGUUCACCAUCACCUCAACAGGAAGAGAACGAGAAAGAGUCCAUUCUGAGGUUGAAUGAUAUCAUGUUAAAGUACCCGCUAAAAGUUCACAAGAGAUCUGCAGAUCAGAAGUUCAAAAUGGUUUUGGAAGGAGAUCAUGAUCCCAGAGAUGAAGAAAUCAUUGCAUCUUUCCGCCAAAUGCUUUUCCUCGAUGGUUUGUUGCCACAGGAACACAAUGAUUAUCACACUCUUAUCAGAUUUCUACGUAGGAUGAAUUUCGAUCUCAUAAAAGCCAAAUAUUCAUUCUUGGAAUAUCUAAAAUGGCGAGAAGACUUUCAUGUUGACUCCAUUACAAAGGAAUUUAAAUAUGAAGAGUAUAAAGAUGUGAAAAGAUGCUAUCCCCAUGGAUUUCAUGGAGUUGAUAGACAUGGUAGGCCACUCUACAUAGAGAGAAUUGGAAUGGUAGAUCUUAACGUCUUUCUGCAGACAACUUCAAUUGACAGAUUUGUGAAAUAUCAUGUAUCUGAACAAGAGAAAACAUUAAAAUCCAGAUUCCCAGCUUGUUCAAUAUCUGCAGAGAAACAUAUUGCUUCUACCACAAGUAUCUUAGAUGUGAAGAAUGUGGGAGUUUCCAACUUCUCCAAACCUGCAAGAUAUCUAUUUAUGGAAAUUCAGAAGAUCGAUAGCAACUAUUACCCUGAGACAUUGCACUGCCUUUAUAUAAUUAAUGCUGGACCUGGAUUUCGAGUUCUAUGGAAUACUCUCAAGGCUUUUCUCGAACCACGCACAUUGGCAAAGAUUCGAGUGCUUGGAACUAAUUACAAGAAUGACUUUAUAGAAGCUAUUGAUCCAAGUAAUUUGCCUAGUUUCUUUGGAGGUAACUGCGAGUGUUUGGAUUAUGGUGGUUGCCUUCUAAGCGACAAAGGACCCUGGAAUAACCCAGAAAUUAUGGACAUGCUCCAGGAAAUGACUGAUUCAGGAGAUGAAAGUGGUGCCUCUAAUAACAAAGUUUCAGAAUCUGAUAUGGAUGAUAUUGUAAUCGAAGAUGUCAAUGAUAUUACCAACCCGACAGAGAAUAGAGAGGAUGAAAACAAGCUUUCAUCUAUGAAGCUCAGAUCGUUGGAAGCAGUGCUUAAUGAAUCUAGCAUGAUAUUCCAGAAACUGGAAGUUGCACUCAACGAUGCAAAGCUGGUGCUACAAACACUGGCCCAGAAUAUAGAACAACUGAAAAGGAGCAACCAUUGA